CCUCAAGAAAAUUUUCCUUUUUAUUUUAUUUUAUCAAUUUUUAUUGCAAUCACAAUUCACAACCAAGAAUCCUAUCCUUCCCAUUUGUUCCCUUUCUAUUUUGGUGGUAGUUACAAUUACCAUUAAUACAUAUCCAUCCAUAUAGCUAGCAUAGCUACAUAACACUAAAAUCAUAAGAUCUUGAAAAUACAAUUAACCUUGAUUGGUUGGUUGAUUGAUAAUAUUCCCUUAUUUAUAUAUUUUUUUUACCAUCAAUUUUGAAAAUGGAGUUGUCGAAGGAAAGUUGCAGCAAUGGCAAUGGCUCCUUGAACCUUUGCAAUGGUAGCAGUGACCCAUUGAACUGGGGCAUGGCUGCGGAAGCUUUGAAAGGUAGCCACCUUGAUGAGGUGAAGCGCAUGGUGGAGGAGUAUCGGAAUCCGGUGGUGAUGUUAGGUGGUAAGAGCCUCACCAUAUCUCAGGUGGCGGCUGUUUCCGCCAUAGACAGCCGAAUCGCGGUGGAGCUCGCGGAGGAGGCCCGCUCCGGCGUUAAGGCUAGUAGUCAGUGGGUCAUUGACAGCAUGGACAAAGGCACUGAUAGUUAUGGGGUCACCACAGGGUUUGGUGCAACCUCACACAGGAGAACAAAACAAGGUGGUGCUCUUCAGAACGAACUCAUAAGAUUUUUGAAUGCUGGCAUUUUCGGCAAUGGCACAGAAUCCUGCCACAUGUUACCUCACUCAGCCACAAGGGCAGCCAUGCUGGUUAGGAUCAACACCUUGCUUCAAGGAUAUUCAGGCAUCAGAUUUGAAAUCAUGGAGGCCAUAGCCAAAUUUCUGAACCAUAACAUAACCCCAUGCCUCCCUCUGAGGGGCACAAUCACUGCUUCAGGUGACCUGGUCCCUUUGUCAUAUGUUGCUGGCCUUUUGAUUGGAAGGCCAAACUCCAAGUGUAUUGGACCUAAUGGACAAGUUCUCAACGCUAAAGAAGCAUUUCAACUAGCUGGAAUUGAUGGUGGUUUCUUUGAAUUGCAACCUAAAGAGGGUUUGGCACUAGUGAAUGGCACUGCAGUGGGAUCAGGCUUGGCUUCCAUGGUUCUUUUUGAGGCAAACACACUUGCUAUCCUCUCAGAAGUCUUGUCUGCAAUUUUCGCUGAAGUUAUGCAAGGAAAACCAGAAUUCACAGACCACUUGACACAUAAAUUGAAGCACCACCCUGGCCAAAUUGAAGCUGCAGCUAUAAUGGAACAUAUUUUAGAUGGAAGCUCAUAUGUUAAGGCUGCACAAAAGUUACAUGAGAUUGAUCCACUUCAGAAGCCUAAACAAGAUAGGUAUGCUCUUCGAACAUCACCUCAGUGGCUUGGACCACAUAUUGAAGUAAUCAGACAUGCAACAAAGAUGAUUGAGAGGGAGAUAAACUCUGUGAAUGACAAUCCAUUGAUUGAUGUUUCAAGGAACAAGGCACUUCAUGGAGGAAAUUUCCAGGGUACCCCAAUUGGUGUUUCAAUGGAUAACACCCGUUUGGCCAUUGCUUCAAUUGGAAAACUUAUGUUUGCACAAUUCUCUGAGCUUGUAAAUGACUUCUACAACAAUGGGUUGCCUUCAAAUCUAACUGCUAGCCGCGACCCAAGCUUGGAUUAUGGCUUCAAAGGGGCAGAAAUUGCAAUGGCAUCUUACUGCUCAGAACUUCAAUACCUUGCCAAUCCUGUCACCAAUCAUGUUCAGAGUGCAGAACAACAUAACCAAGAUGUGAACUCUUUGGGCUUGAUUUCCUCAAGAAAGACAGCUGAAGCAGUGGAUAUACUGAAGCUCAUGUCCUCCACUUUCUUAGUUGCAUUGUGCCAAGCCAUUGAUCUGAGGCAUUUGGAGGAAAACUUGAAGAGCACUGUCAAGAAUACUGUAUGUCAAGUGGCCAAAAGAGUUCUCACAGUUGGUGUCAACGGGGAGUUGCAUCCAUCCAGGUUCUGUGAGAAGGACUUACUCAAAGUUGUUGACCGUGAGUAUGUCUUUGCUUACGUUGAUGACCCUUGCAGUGCAACCUACCCUCUAAUGCAGAAGCUGAGAGAGGUCCUAGUUGAUCAUGCAUUGCAAAAUGGUGAUAAAGAGGCCAAUUCAAGUACCUCAAUAUUCCAAAAGAUAGGAGCUUUUGAGGAAGAGCUCAAGGCCCUUUUGCCCAAAGAGGUGGAAAGUGCCAGAGUUGAAGUUGAGAAUGGAAAUCCUGCUAUUCCGAACCGUAUUAAGGAAUGCCGGUCUUACCCUUUAUACAAGUUUGUGAGAGAAAAUUUGGGUACAACUUUGCUGACAGGUGAGAAAGUUAGGUCACCUGGUGAGGAGUGUGAUAAGGUAUUCUCUGCAUUGUGUGAAGGGAGGUUUAUUGACCCCAUGUUGGACUGUCUCAAGGAGUGGAAUGGUGCUCCUCUACCAAUAUGCUAGGAUGGUGCUACCCUAUAAAAGUUUUUUUUUUUUUUUAAUUUUUAAUUUCAUUUCUCCUUUUCUAGUAAUACAUUUUAUUAUAAAGCUGCUGGACAUGUAUUUGAAACUGGGAUAGCAAACUGCUUUUGUCAAAUUUUCCUUGUGUCAAAUUUUCCUUGUCUGUAACCUUCAAGUUCUG